CGGGAGCGCUUCCAGCGGGAGGGAGAGACAACGAGGGCGGGGGAGCAACUGGAGUGGAAAAUUCCAGGCAGGAGGACGCGGGAGCGCUGCUGUCGCCAGCGCUGCCCUCCCACACGGCUUCGCAGGACCGCUCCUCGCUCACCCCGGCUCCCUCCGCCCAAGCCCGCACGGGCGGCUUCCCCGGCCGCGGGCGGAGUGCUCGGCUAACCCUGGUGCCGCGGCUCGGCGGGAGUAGGGGUGCGGAGCGGGGCUUCAGUGCUUUGCGCCCCCAACUGGCGUCGGCGGGCUGGGCGGUGCUGCCUUGCCUCGGGCUGCGGUGAAGCCCGCUGCCGGAGCGCCGAGCGCACAUUGUUCUAUCGGCCGCGCUCCCCGCGGCGCGGCCCGUCCCUCUCCCCUCCCUCCUCCUCCGCCUCCCGUCCCUCUCCCCUCCCUCCCCAGGUCCCUCCUUCCCUCGUCACCGGGCGCUCUAUAAAUCCCCUUCCCCGGCGUAUCCCCACACCGCGGGAGACCCUGGUACUUUGGCCCCUGGGGCGGGAGCCCACCACCACCGCCGCACCGCCGGGACUCUGCGCUCCCGCCGCUCGCCGCCUUUCCCCCCCCCACCUCCAAACCCGCCUCACUCUUUCCUCGCGGGGCUCCCUCGCACGGUUCACACCGGCCUCUUCCCUUCGCUACCCGAGCCACAAUGUCGGAAAAACGCGUCGAGGAGGCGCCGGCGGAGCUGAGCGCUAAGGAAAUGAAAGAAAAGAAGGAAAAACUCGAGGAGAAAACAGUCCACAAAGAAAAGAAGAAGGAGAUAGUAGAGGAUGAGGAAAAUGGAGCUGAAGAGGAUGAGGAAGAGAAUCCUGAUGAUGUGGAUGAAGAAGAAGGUGGUGAUGAGGAUGAAGAAGGAGACGAGAAUGGGCAAGAGCAGGAUGGUCAUGCAGAAAAACGAUCUGCAGAGGAGGAAGAGGAUGAAGUGGAUCCAAAGAGACAGAAAACAGAAAAUGGGUCUUCAGCUUGAGUCCUUCCCUUCCAUCUCCUAUGUUCCGUCCAUCUCUCCUCUUCCAUUCCAGCCUGUGCUUGCACUGUCUGUUAGCCUCUGGCUUCACACAAUCUCAGAUGAGGAAAGAUUAGAAAUGCUCUCUAACAGGGAAGACAGCAGUUUCCUUCUCGCCCGAAGACCCAGCCCACCCUUGACAUUCCCCAGCUGAAAUCAUUCCAGCCCCCCACAUCCCUUCAGCUGUGCCCCACUUACAAGUGAUCCUCUUCCCACAGGGAUCUCACCAUUUCCUGGGGUGCAGUAACCUUGCCAGGCCCGAAUGCCAGGCUCCUCACGUGGCAAGCACCUCUGCUUCCCUUUCCACUUGCCCUCCUCUUUUUGUCACUAGGAUGACUGAGAUUCUUGACAGCUUCUGCUCCCCAGACGUGCUGUCAGAUCCUCCCCGAGCACGGGGGGUUGCGGGCACAGAUCUCAUGGUGCGUUUUCCAGUCCUAAGCCGCCUCUCAUCCGCUUUCCCACUGAACCCUGAGAGACAAAGAAUAUUACAAGCAAAUAACGGUUCUAUUAAACCACACAUGGAAACAGAAUUUAUUUUAAGCUUUUUUUUUUUUAACUCAAGUUUACAUGACAGCAAGCUGGCCCUCGUGAAUUUUUCAGAAGAUAAGCCUUGUUUUUAUAUAUGAAUUUCAUCUGAACUGUGUACUUUUUUAAUUUGGAAGCUUUUUUAAAACAAAUUGAGGGAAACAAUUGGGGACCAAACUUUGAUUUCCAUGUCGUUGGGUUGUUUGUUUUUUUUUCCCUUCAGAUUUUCUUGUGACCGUUUUUUGUAAAUUAAAGGCAAUAUAGCCACAGCAUUUUCUAUGGCACAGACAUCACGAGGAUGAUAGAUAUAAAUAUAUAUAUUGUUUUCAACUAGCACUGUAAAUAAAAGCGUUUAAAAAGAUUUGAAA